AUGGCCUCGGCAGGUGCGAACGGGUUCAAGUCUCCCAAGAUCCCUCGACGACCCAAGACUCCCGAGUCACGUCAGGUGCAUUUUGAUUCUCAGGUCAAGCCAUCUACCUCUUCCUCCGUCAACAACGAGCGCAUCACGGGCUUCACCAGUGCCAAUUCCCCCAGCGGCGGCUUCUGCAACAACAUCAGUGGCGGCCCUGCCCCUAAGUCUGCUCCUGGAACUACCAAUACUGCCGCAACUACAGCGAUCACUUCUGCCCCAGCUCCGGAGGAAAAGGUCGAUACUCAGCCUACGAGUUUCCCUGCGCUUGGCCUAGGCCCGCUGCAGUGGCAUACCAGUGCCAACCCGACUCAGAGCCUUAGUCACCAGGUACCAACCAGUUUCAUCUCGCCUCCUCCUCAGCAACCACAAAUCUUCCCUCUCCCUCAGUUUCAUCCUGCUUCCUUCAUCAACACCGGACCAACCAACAACACUCAGUCUCCCAUUACCUAUAUCGGAAUCGGCCCUCAGACUCCCACUACGAAUCAUCCAAACAUCAUGGGUGACUAUCAGAACGCUGCGCCUCCUGUUCAAGGUGUGCAUUUCCAGCCGCCUGUUCCUGACACGACCUUUGGUCCAAUGCAGCAUGUUUAUGUGCCUCGCUUUGACGGUGGCCUUACCGGUGUUCAACAGCCUUUCGUUGGUACCAUGGCUCCCCAGCCUAAUGCCUAUGGCAGUUACGUUGUCCAGCAGCAGCCCUACUACAUCCAGCAACCGGCCAUGGGUCAGCAGCCAGUCCUCGUCGCAGGUCAACAGCAUCAGCAGUUCAUGCCGCAGAUGCAGCACGUUGCAGGGCUUCCCUCGGUCGGCCUGGCAGGUGGAGCUGCUGUGCCCGGCACGGUCCCCGUCUUUGCAGGUAAUGUCCCUGGUGGCCAUCAUGUCCCCGAUGUCUCUGGUAUGGGUCGUACCGCUGGCGAAGAACAGCUCCGUCAGAUCCAGUUUGCGCACGCGAACAAGCUCUACGAGCCCCAGGAGUUCAAGCCCGCUGACGACGACCCCUCCCGUUUCUACUAUGUUCGUGAAGUUGACGGGAACUGGACUCAGCGCAACCGAUUUACCAUUGAUCACAUGGGUGAUAGCCGUUGGUAUGUCACCGACGAGGGUUGGUUUUACGCCGUUCGACUUCCCAACUAA